GGGCGCUUGUAUAAGUGUGUGUGAGAGAGGGAGAGAGCGUGCACUUAAAGACACACACACACACGCACGCACGCACGCACGCAUUAGUGCAAGGUUGAAGCUGCUGGAGAUCAGCGUACGGGCACCACAAGCCCACGAGCUCACCAGCAUGGACCAGGAUCUGGCGAGCAAAAGGCUCCACUCGAGGAUGGAGGCGUCUUGUUUGGAGCUGGCUUUAGAAGGUGAGCGUCUGUGCAAAGCCGGAGAUUUCAAAGGUGGCACGGCGUUCUUCGAGGCCGCGGUUCAGGUCGGAACGGACGAUCUGAAGACCCUCAGUGCCAUUUACAGCCAGCUGGGAAACGCUUACUUCUACCUCAAGGAGUACGGCAAAGCUCUGGAGUAUCACGGACACGAUCUCACGCUCGCCAGGACCAUCGGGGACAGGAUCGGGGAAGCCAAGGCGAGCGGGAACCUGGGGAACACGCUGAAGGUCCUCGGACGCUACGACGAGGCGGUGGUGUGCUGCCAGAGACAUCUGGACAUCUCGCAAGAGCAAGGAGAUAAGGUUGGUGAGGCCCGAGCUCUGUACAACAUUGGGAAUGUUUUUCAUGCUAAAGGGAAGCAGCAGUUAUGGGGAUGUUCUCAGGAUCCAGGAGACCUGCCGAGUGACGUGAGGGACACGUUACAGAGAGCCACGGCUUUCUACGAAAUGAACCUGUCUCUGGUGAAGGAGUUGGGUGACCGCGCUGCUCAAGGGAGGGCUUUCGGUAACCUUGGCAACACACAUUACCUGCUGGGUAACUUCAUCGAGGCCAUCAAGUUUCACCGUGAGAGACUUUCCAUCGCUAAAGAGUUUGGAGACAAAGCGGCCGAGCGGCGAGCGUACAGCAACCUCGGAAACGCUCUCAUCUUCCUCGGCCAGUUCAACUCAGCAACAGAGUAUUACAGGAAAACCCUGCAGCUUUCUCGGCAGUUGAAGGACCAGGUGAUGGAGGCUCAGGCGUGUUACAGUUUGGGAAACACCUACACACUGUUGCAGCAGUAUGAGCGGGCCAUCGACUACCACCUCAAACACCUGCUCAUCGCUCAGGAGCUCAAUGACCGGGUGGGUGAAGGCCGUGCGUGCUGGAGUUUGGGAAACGCCUACGUGUCUUUAGGAAACCAUCGUCAGGCUCUGCACUAUGCACACAAACACCUCGACAUCUCCAGAGAGAUCGGGGACAGGAAUGGGGAACUGACGGCUCGAAUGAACGUGGAGCAGCUGAUGGAGUUGCUCGAUGUGAAAGAGGGAGACCUCUCUCCAUGUGGCUCAGAGUUUGAGAUGCAGGGAGCCCGGCCGAAGUUUAAGAAGAGGAACAGUAUGGACAGUGUGGAUCUGUGGAAGUACACGUCUGAAAAGAACGGAGACGGACACGAUGUGGACGGCGUGUCCCGGAAGUCAAAACAUCAGCUGUCUCACUUCAGCAGGAGGAAAAAAUACACAGAGAGCCAGACAUCAGAGGACAGGCAGUGGCUGGACUCACCUGUGGACACAGAUGACAUCACUGUACAGGUAACACCACAGAAGCUGGGUCGCGACCCCUCAGAUGAGGACUGCUUCUUCGACCUGCUCAGUAAGUUCCAGAGCAGCCGCAUGGACGAUCAGCGCUGCCACCUCAGCGAGGACGCUAACGGUCAGGACACACACAGCGAUGACGCCGCAGACUCGGCCAUCAGCGACAUGAUCGACGCCAGCCUCCUGGCCUCUCCUCAGACGGAGGAGCUCUUUGAUCUGAUCGCCAGCUCUCAGAGCCGCAGGCUGGACGACCAGAGGGUCAGUGCGGGGAACCUGCCGGGUCUCAGGAUUACCCACAAUAACCUGGGGCACCUGCGCGCCGAAGCCGAGCCUCAGGAGCCCAGCGACGAUUUCUUCAACAUGCUCAUCAAGUGCCAGUCAUCCAGGAUAGAUGAUCAGCGGUGUUCUCCUCCUGAAGGUGGACCCCGCGCCCCCACUGUCCCAGACGAAGACUUCUUCAGCCUCAUCCAGAGGGUUCAGGCCAAACGCAUGGAUGAACAGCGUGUCCAGCUUCCCAAUGAGAACCACUCGGAUAACGAGAACGACGACGGAGACUCCAGCUAGAGCGCAGAGAGAGAGAGAGAGAGAGAGAGAGAGAGAGAGAGAGAAAGGAUGAUGGAUGAGAAGGUCUCUGUCUGGACUAUUGUACACGGCAUCGUCUGUGUUUAUAUGUCCGAGUGACUCCGUGCACUGUAUUUCCUUCAGGGUGACGUUUUAAACGUUCUUCACUCUGUGUUCAUUAGACACCAGCCCCUAGUGUUGUACUGUCGUAGUGCGCACUCGCUAGCCGCUAAUCGACAUCCUGUGAGUCUUCGUUCAUUUAAAAGCGGUGUGACGUGACGCAUUAUGACCACGAGCCUAUCUGUGCGCUCGCCUGGCCGAGGCGUCGUUCCUCCUGCAGCCGUGACACGUGGCACCUUCAGUGUUACUCGUCUGUUUAUAGCACCGUGUCGUUCAAACGAUGCAAGAUAACUCAAAACGAUUCACAACAGGUGCUUUUUCUGUCUUACGGUUUCUUUUUUAAUAGCAUGUUGUUGUAUAUUUAUUAUCAGGUCGGUGGAGAAAAAGACUGACAUACAGUAGCAACGACUGUGAAAAAGUGUACAUUUGUUAAAUUAAUUAGCGUAGAUCAGGUCAUGUAAAUGAUACGUCAAGUUCGAAAAGUUCUAAACUUUCAAAAGAGAAAACAAAAGGGUUGUGUAGUGGGUUUAUCUCUCGGGAUGAUGACGACGAUGACGAUGAUGACGAUGAUGCUUUUGACUUGCGCUAGAACUAAAUGAGCCGUACUGUAUCCGAGUGGUCGCUUUUCUCGCACACGUGUCCUAUUGAAACUAUUAAAAAAAACAACAACCAUGGAUCGGUGGGGGCGGAGCUACCAGUACUACAGAUCCAGAGUUUCUUUCUCUUUUCAAAACUUUUUUCUUCACAGCUUUGGGAGGCAACGUCAUAAUUUUAAUAAGUUAAAUAAUUUAAAUUAGUUACUUUUAUUUUUUUUUUAUUUUUUUUUUUUUUACAAAAAAAAUCUAAAUUCAUUUAAUUUUUUAUUUAUUUAUUUACCAAACGCUGUCUAUCCUAAACAGCUUCAUUAUAGACAAUGAUAUUGUUUAAGGCUUCACUAUAGAUGCUCACUACAUGGUACUACAGAACAUCUCGAUCAUCUGGUAUUUAUUGUGGUGUCUUUGUGAUGUCACCAAAAGUAUUGAAGGUUUACUCUGAGUGUCUGAUCUGAUCUGCUCCAGAGUGACACCUUCACCUUAUACUGAGUCCAUCUCAGAGAGGGCCACAGUUAACUGAUCUCAGAUCUGUGUGUGUGAAACUUUCUGCUUUAGCGCCACCUGCUGGUUGUGAGGUUUCAUUUCGGCUGUCGAGUCGAAAAACAGAAAAACUGCAGGUUGGAAAAGAGCAAAAAUUUAUUUCUUUCCCCUAAAGGAAAAGUUUUGUGCAGUUUGAUUUAUUUAUAUCACUUUAUAAUUCCUACCCUGAUGUCAGUGCUGAUGUGUAAACAUCCCGUCUGUCUUUCUUUCUUUUCAUUCCUUCUUUAAAUUUUUUUUCAUUUCAUUUGCUUUCUUUGUUUCUCUCCACUCCUUCUUUUUCCUUCCUUUAAUUUUUCUUUUCUCCAAAACCAUUUUCUUUCUUUCUUUCUUUCUUUCUUUCUUUCUUUCUUUCUUUCUUUCUUUCUUUCUUUCUUUCUCAACACUCCUUUUUCUUUCCUUUUAUUUUUCUUUCCUCCACAUCCAUUUUCUCUUUCUUUCUUUUUUCUUUCUUUCUUUCUUUCUUUCUUUCUUUCUUUCUUUCUUUCUUUCUUUCUUUCUUUCUUUCUUUCUUUCUUUCUUUCUUUCUCUCCACUCCUUUUUCUUUCUUUCUUUCUUUCUUUCUUUCUUUCUUUCUUUCUUUCUUUCUUCACCCCAACUAAAAAGAAGAAUUCUAUGAUAAACAGUAGAACAUUACAGAGUUUAUUAAUGAGCCUUUUCUCCUUAUUGAAGUAAACGAUUCUGACGAUUUGUGUCAAGUACGUAAAACUGUUAAAGUGAUAAAACGGUAGAAAUAUAAAUCUAUUUAAUUCUAUUCUAUAGAAUUGUGUUAAGUUUAGUUCAGUGUAUAAAAAGAUACUCUAGGUGAAGAGAGAACUGUAAAUAUUUCCAGGCAAAUCUGUCAAAGAGUCAAAGAUUUAAAUAAUGAAGAUGAAUAUCUGAUGAAUAUCUGAUGAAUAUCUGAUCUCAGGAUCUAUCAGAUGGGAGUUUAUCUGAAAUGAUUCACUGCUAUGUUUUUACAGGUCAAUCACUGCCAUAACGUCCAUUUUUGUAUUUAUUUUCUGUGGUUGGACGAGAUUACGUCCGGUUUUCAACAUUUGAAUAAAAUGUUGAUUAAAACAU